AUGGCAAAGCCAUCGGAAGUGCCUGAGAAUGAGAUUGAUUUCAUUGUCACCCCAGAACCUGCACCGCAAACCUUUCAAAUUGAUGAAGACUGCGGCUCUCCUUCGAUAAAAGAUGGAAUUCUUCCAGCAGACGGACCUGGAGCCGAAGGAUUUUCCAACGUAGCUCUUCUUACCCUCAUCGUCGGUGUUCCAAGUCUAUACAAACUAGGUUCCGGGAAAGGAUGGGUUCCAACUACUCUCGUAUCAGUCCUCACAUCGUUCCCUCUCCUCGCUGGUUUUUGGUAUUUGUCAUCAACUCUCACGCCCCGAAAGAACCAAAAAGUCAAACUCCCUGGCCGUCCAAUCGAACACUACCUCAAAUUUCACAAGAAAGCCGAUAAGAUAAAGUAUCGUGGGAACAACAAAAUUCCUAUCGAUAUUUUCCAGGAACUGUAUUUCAACGGUGACGUUGAGUUCAACGGAGAUGCCUUGGAAGUGUUGGAAUAUCGACAUGAUUGGGCCAACUUUAGGUUUACAUACAGGCUAUUCAAAUACUUCCUGCUCAGCUUCAUACCAGAGACGAAGAGCAAGUCCGCGGGCACUAUGACCGUGGGGACGACUUUUACGCCUGAAGGCGGUGACACAAUGCUGGAUAUCGGCUGCGGAUGGGGCACUCUUGCACGAUAUGCUAGUACCAAUUAUGGCGCUUACGUUAUAGGCGUCACUCUCGGUCGUAACCAGACUGCUUGGGGAAAUGCUGGGCUUCGAGCUGAUGGGAUUGCGGAAGAGCAGAGCAAGGUUCUUUGUAUGGACUACCGCGAUAUUCCUAGGACCACGUUCGCCAAGAUCGCGUGCUUGGAGAUGGCCGAGCACGUUGGUAUCCGUCACUUCUCGAGCUUCUUGAAACAGGUGUAUAACCUGCUUGACGACGAUGGAGUCUUUGUUCUCCAGCUUUCUGGGCUUCGCAAGCCGUGGCAAUACGAAGAUCUCAUAUGGGGGUUGUUCAUGAAUAAAUAUGUGUUCCCGGGCGCUGAUGCUUCUACUCCGCUGGGCUUCUAUAUCGAUAAGGCUGAGGGCGCGGGCUUUGAGAUUAAGAGUAUUGACACUAUCGGCAUUCAUUACUCUGCAACUGCGUGGAGAUGGUACAGAAACUGGCUAGGUAAUCGUUCCAAGGUGGAGGAGAAAUACGGCAAGCGAUGGUACAGAAUUUCGGAGUAUUUCUUGGCUUCGACAACCAUUGCUUCCAGACAAGGAACUGCUACGUGCUACCAGAUUACCCUAGUGAAAAAUCUCAACUCGACACAACGAACUGGUGGUAUUCAGACCCAGUUUGCCAUCUCAGGGGCGCUAGCUGCGGGAGUAGAUAUCAGUCUAAAUAAGGCUUCGAAUCCGAAAUCGUCGCUCUGA